UAAAUACACUCUUGCUAACGUUGCCCCAGUCGGAUUCACCGGACGUCCAGUACAAUGUGAGCAGUCCUGACCGGUUCAGGGUGGACGACCGAGGCCGGGUCUUCACCAGAGUAGCCGGCAGCGACUUACUGAAAGAUGCCAGCAGCACCAGCUUCGCCGUCAACGCCUUCAAUACAGAGAGCUCGGAGAUGAGAGUCUCCAAAGUCCUGCUGCUGACCGGCAACCAGCCGCCCCAGUUCUCCGACGACUCUUACGAGGCACACGUCUAUGAGAACGCCGCCCAAGGGUCCCUGGUACGAGCCGUGGUCGCCCAGGAUCCGGACACCGACCCCAUCACCUACAUCAUCCGGAAACCGGGCACCAGAAUGGACACAAGCGAGUACGAGAUGUUCACCAUCAACAAGCAAACGGGCGUGAUCCGGCUGGUGAACCGUCCGUUCAAUUUCACCCAGGACGAGUAUUCAUUCACGGUGGUUGCCCGUGACACUCACAACCAGGACGCCACAGCCUCCGUCAGGGUGGAAGUGAUAGACGUAAAUAACAAUCGUCCAAAGUUUCCUGAUUGUGACAAGUAUGAGCCCGAAGUAGAAGAAAACAAGGAUGCCAGUACGCUCGUACUAACGGUGAAGGCGACCGAUGCUGACAAGGGAGCAAACGCCGACCUGGUCUACUCACUGGUGACCAGUCCGAGCUCCCCAGACUCGCUCUUCAAGAUUGACAGAGAGACGGGCGUGUUGACCACUGCCAAAAGCUUUAACCGGGACGCGCCGGACCACGACAAGGAGUUGCGCGUCAUUGUGAAGGCCAAUGACAACGGGGAGCCGUCUCUGGAGGGUACCUGCGCCUUCAUCGUCAAUGUCCUGGACGUCAACGACAACUCCCCACUGUUCGACAAAAGUGACUACCUGGAGACGAUCGCCAAGGACACCAAGCCAGACACGCAGGUGGAGCGCGUGUCGGCAACGGACGACGACGUGGGCGACAAUGGCGCCAUCACGUACUCACUACAGGCAGUGCGGCCGACCGACGCGUCCGAUUACUUCGGCAUAGACAAGCGCACCGGCGUCAUCACGCUGACCAGGCCACUCGUGGAGUUCGCCAUCGACUCUGAAAUCCGCCUGGAGGCGGUGGCCAGCGAUCAGGGCGAACCGCCUCGGUCCAGCGAGGCGCAGGUCAUCAUCACUGUCAAGGACUCCAGCACGCGGCCGCCCUCGUUCAUCGUGAAACCCGACCCAGUCUACACUCUGGAUGAGAACUAUCGCGACACGGAGACAGGCAUCGCUCGACUCAAGGCCGUGUCUAAGCUGCCGGGCAGUCCCAACGUCUACUACGACGUCGUGAGCGGCUCCCAGGAGCAUACCAACAAGUUCCGCACGUUUGUAGUGGACGAGGACGGCGAAGGUGGCGCUAUAGUUCGAUACGGCGGAAGUCGGCAACUGGACUACGAGCAGAUCAAGGCGUACAAUAUCACUGUCGAGGCCACGACGGACCAGCGAACCAGAGCAGAGGUCACGUUCGAGAUUAGGCUACGAGACAAGAACGACGAAAUUCCUAUAUUUUACGGCACUGACCGAGCGAUGGUCCCCGAGAACUCACCACCGGGUACCUUUGUGGAGGUGGCGACGGCUGUGGACGGUGACAGCACUUCACCCAACAACCAGGUGAGUUAUAGCCUGGACCGAAAAUCGCCCGAGUACCAGCUAUUCAGCAUAGAGUCGGGUACGGGCCGGGUGUCGACCCGCGUCAGGUUCGACCGGGAGGACGAGUCGCGGCCGUCUCCCUUCUACACCAUCACCGUGCUCGCGGAGGACGGCAGCCCGUCCGACAUCCAGAAGAACGGCCAGCCUAACCAGGCCAAGCAUCGCGUCACAGUGGAGAUCGGCGACGAGAACGACAACCCUCCGUCGUUUGAUCCCUCUGGCGUCUACAAGGCCUCCGUGAUAGAGAACUCCGAUAUCGGCUCCAAGGUCUUCGACAUAUCAGCUAAAGACGAGGACGACGACUCGAAGAUCAACUACCAGAUCACCGACGGCAACUUUGGUGCUGCGUUCGACAUUCAGCCCGAUACGGGUGUGGUAACAGUCAAAAACCAAAUCGACUUCGAGGCCAUCCGCAAGUACGUCAUAACCGUAACUGCGUCUGACGGGAAGUACGAAGACACCCACGAGGUUGAUAUCGAGGUCAUCAACCAGAAUGACAUGCCUCCCGUGUUUGACAAGCAAACCUACGAGCAGAAACUGCGCGAAGGCUACCUUUCAUCGACGCCAAUCCUCAAAGUCAGGGCCGUUGACCCUGAUCCGGUCGGCGAACCCUCCAUCAUUUACACGCUGUCGGGCCCAGGAGUGUACCCAGACCGUCCUCAGGACAACGUCUUCAGCAUAAACCCCAGCGGAGAAGUGGUGGUUCUGAAGACGCUGGACCGGGACGAGGGCACGGGCGGCCGCGAGGUCUGGGAGCUCUCUGUGGAGGCCUGGGACGACGGGGGCGACGGCAUCGGAUCCACGGUGCCCUUCAAGCUCACGCUGACCGACAUCAACGACAACGCGCCGUACCUGAUCCAGAGUGACGCGUCGAUUCCCGUCAUCAUGGAGAACAAGUCACCGGACGACAUUGUUAUUUCGGUGGAGGCAGAUGACUACGACGACCACGAGAAGAACGGACCGCCGUAUACCUUCUGGCUGGAUCCGAGUUCAUCGGCCGACAUACGAAACAAGUUCGGUGUCCGGACCGCCGGCAACGGGAGCCGAGCCGAGAUCCGUCCACUGGUGAAGCUGGACCGCGAGCAGCAGAAAUCGUACACCGUGCCGGUGGUGAUCAGCGACAACACUCUGGCCGAGCCCGCAACGCUAACCGGCACCAGCCUCUUUACCAUCAUCGUCGGCGACGAGAACGACAACGACAUGAAGCCGGGAUCCAGUGUCAUCGACGUCUUUAACUUCGAGGGCCAGAUGCCGGAGACGGUGGUGGGCCGCGUGUACGUGGAAGACCCGGACGAUUGGGACCUGCCCGACAAAACCUUCUCCUGGGCCAACGCGCAGACAAGCGGUUACUUCGAGCUAGACGCGGACACGGGCGACAUCACCAUCCGCUACGGCACUCCGAACGGCUCCUACCCGCUCAAGUUCCAGGUGUACGACAAGAAGUUCCGUAGCACGGUGGACGCGGAUGUGACGGUGACGGUGCGGCUGCUGCCGCGACAGGCCGUGCUCCAGUCGGGCUCGCUCCGCAUCGGCGGUCUCACCGCCGAACAGUUCGUGUCGCCCCCCGGGAAGAAGACGCCGUCCAUGUACCAGAGGAUGAUCUCGGAGCUAGCUGCUAUGCUGGGCACCCCGCCGGAGAAUGUCGACCUGUUCGGGGUCCAGAACAAUGGCGCCGGCGGUGUGGACGUGCGCUACGCCGCCCACGGCUCUCCUUACUACCGGAGCGAGAAGAUGGACGGCGUUGUGAGCCAGCACAAAAAGCAGUUGGAGGAGGUGUUUAAGAUCGAGAUUCAGCAGGUUGGCAUCGACGAUUGCAUCUAUGAGACGACCUGCAACAGCAGCUGCUUCUCCAGCCUGACCAUUUUCGAAGAUAAGGUUUACAAGGUCCAGACGAACAUGAGCACAAUCAUUGGUGUUCGGACGGCGAUGCAGUACACGUGUGACGCCUGCGAGGAGCCGCCUCGACCCGCCGACUGCCUGAACGGCGGCCGGCCGAGUACUAGCAGCCCGCCCAGCUGCGAGUGCCCGGCAGGCUUCGACGGCCCCCACUGCGAGAGCCUCACCAUUCACUUCAAGGGCGACGGGUACGCCUGGCUCCCACAUCUUACGGCCUGCAACGCUUCCCACCUGAGCUUCGACAUGACCACCAGCACCGACCAGGGUCUGGUGAUGUACAACGGACCCAUGGGCGAGCCGACUGCCAGAGUUCAAGACUUUUUCGCCGUGGACGUGCUGAAGGGUCGUCCUGCGCGUGUUCAUGAACUACGGCACCGGCACAGCGGUGGCCAGCCCUCAGAGCGUGGUGGACGAUGGCCGCCGACACCAUGUGGACAUCAGCUGGGACACGCAGCACGUGACCGUGAGGGUGGACAGCUGCGUGGGUGUGGCGGCGUGCCAGGCCACGGCGCCGGCGCCGGCGGCGGCCGACACGCAGAACGCCUUCCUGAACGUGGCCACGCCGCUGCAGCUGGGCGGCACCGCCGUGCCCAUCAGCUCGGUCAGGGAUUUCAUGGCCUGGUUGGAGGUGCCCGGCUCCGAGGGCUUCUUCGGCUGCCUGGAGAACGUGACCUUCCUGAGCACGGUGUACGACCUGAGUGACCCUGCUUAUGGUGAGGAAUAUAGCAGCUACUGCGAUGAGAACAUCGAGCCUGUGCCAGUCAUAUACGCCACGUCGAGCUUCUUGGCCGUCAUCCUGUG